GAUGGUCUGAGACAGCACCGCCAAGCUGGGAACUGGGGAGAUGCCCGAGACUGACCCCAAGGCCGUGCAGGAUCUCACCUCGGUGGUGCAGACACCCCUGCAACAGAUGCAAGAUAAAUUUCAGACCAUGUCCGACCAGAUCAUUGGAAGAAUUAAUGACAUGAGCAGUCACAUUGAUGACCUGGAGAAAAAUAUCACAGACCUCAUGACACAGGCUGGGGUGGAAGAGCUGGAUGGUGAAAACAGGAUCCCUGCCACACAGAAGAGUUGAAGGUUGCUCAUCUGCACUGGAAUCUGGAACAACCUUUUUACAAGCCAAGA